AUACUGGUCGCCCGAGGGUCCCGACACGCCAAGCUCUCCAACCACAAUGUCCGCGCUCUACACUGACGCGGACACGGCCGCGCUGCAGGCCGUCGCGUCGACAAAACUGCUCUCGUACGGCGCCCCGUUCCUGCCGUUCGUCGUCACGCACGCCCAGGGCGUGUUCGUGUACACGGCCGCGGGGCAGCGCAUCCUCGACUGGACCUCCGGCCAGAUGUCGUGCCUUCUCGGGCACGGGCACCCCGAGAUCGUGGAGACGAUCCGCGCGCACGCGCAGAACCUCGACCACCUGUUCAGCGGCAUGCUCAGCCCGCCUGUCGUCGGGCUCGCGGAGAGACUGACGAGCGUGUUGCCGGACGGCUUGGAUCGCGCGAUGUUUUUGAGUACGGGGAGCGAGAGCAACGAGGCGGCGAUCAAGCUCGCGAAGGUGUUCACGGGCAAGUGGGAGAUCGUGGGUCUUGCUUCCAGUUGGCAUGGCAUGACUGGCGCGUCGUUGGGCGCGCAGUACCAUUCGGGCAGGAAGGGCCAUGGUCCCGGUAUGCCUGGAAACUUGGUACUCCCCACUCCCGAUGCGUAUCGCUCGCCCUUCAGGAGACCCAACGGGUCGUACGACUGGGAAACCGAACUCAACUACGGCUUCGACAUGGUCGACCGUGCCUCGGCCGGUUCCCUCGCGGCGGUCAUCCUCGAACCGAUUCUUUCUUCUGGUGGAAUGGUCACCUUGCCCCCUGGGUACUUGCGCGCGCUCAAGACGCACUGUGAGCGCCGGGGCAUGCUGCUCAUCCUGGACGAGGCGCAGACCGGCAUCGGCCGAUGCGGCGACAUGUUCGCGUUCGAACACGAGGGCGUUGUCCCUGAUAUCUUGACUCUCAGCAAGACGCUGGGCAACGGCCUUCCUUUGAGCGCGGUAGUGACGAGCCAUGCUAUUGGGGAGACGUGCCGACAGAGGGGAUUCAUGUUCUACACCACGCACGUCAACGAUCCCUUACCGGCCGCAGUGGGACUCAAGGUCCUCGACAUCGUCAUCCGCGACAACCUGGUCGAACGCGCGCGGGCCAAAGGCCACAUCCUGCACGACGGCCUGCGGCACCUGCAGUCGCGCUACGCAUGCAUCGGCGACGUCCGCGGGCGCGGGCUCAUGGCCGGCGUCGAGAUCGUCGCGGACCCGGUCACGAAGGCGCCCGCGCCCGAGCUCGCGAACGCGCUCGCGAACCGCAUGAUGGAGCUCGGGCUGAGCGCGAAUCUGGCGACGAUGCCGAGCUUCGGGGGCGUGUUCAGGAUCGCGCCGCCCAUCACGAUUACGCCGGAGGAGCUGGAGAUGGGACUGGCGAUCAUGGAGGAGGCGUUCAAGACGACGGAGGGGACGAGGAGACGGAUGAUCUGAGAACAGCACCGGGUUGCUGGCGUAUCGUCGAGACUGGGGUGGACUGUGAUAUUAUAUUGCUACAGAUAUUGUACGCUCUGUAUCUAUGUAUUGUACUGCUCAGGAUGACCCCGAUAAUCUC